UGGGGUUUACAACAGAGUGAGGGUGAAAUGUGUAUCGGUCUUGGAGCAUUGUGUGCAACAGAACAUCACGGAAUAGAUUCCCGGAAACACGGAGCAGCUUCUCCGGCUUGGAUUCUGAUCUGCAUCUUGUUCUGCACUGAUAGUAUUUGCGUUUUGUCAGCAGGAAACACCACGUCAAUCGCGCUAUUCUUUAUAACCAAAUUAAACAGCGUAGGAUGCGAUAGUGCUGCCUGAAGACACAAAGAGAUCAGGACGGUCAUCUAAAGGGAAAGUGAGUCCACAGAGCCACACGUCAGACAAAGUUUAGCCGGCUGCGUGUCGAUUCGCAUCCAAGACAGAGAAAAUGUCUAAACCCAAUUAUACCGGCAUUUACCACAUGGUUUCCCAGGACAGAUUUGAUGAAUAUCUGGCGGCUUUGGAUGUUAAUUAUGCAUUAAGGAAAAUCGUCUGCAUUCUGAAACCCAGUAAACAUAUUGAGCAUGAUGUGAACACCGGCAAAAUGAACAUAAAGACAGUCACAACAUUUAGGAACUUCGACAUGGAUUUUACUCUGGGACAGGAAUUCACUGAGGACCUGGGGCCGGUCGAUGGGCGAAAGUGCCUGACCACUGUGGACUGGGACGGUGAUAAAUUGGUGUGCGUGCAGCGAGGAGAGAAAGAGGGUAGAGGGUGGACACAUUGGUUGGAGGGAAACAUUCUCCAUUUGGAGUUGAGGGCUCAGGGUGUAACUGCCAAGCAAGUCUUUAAGAAGUCUGAGUGAGGGAUAGCGAGAGGGAGAAAGAGAGGGGCCAUUUGCGGGGAGUUUUAAGCUCAGAGUGUUUUAAGAUAUCUGGACUCAGAAAGAGGCCAUGUUGCCACAUAGAUCUGUCCCCAAUCAGCAGCAAAUAUUGUUUUAAUGGAGACUACAGAUGUAGCAAUUGUUUCCCUCUCAGUGAAAUAUUUCAGCAUGAAAAUGAAUUUCCUUCUCUCACAUUUGUAAUCCAAACAAAAGUUAGAAUGAGAUCAGGCCACAGUUAGUAGCCCGGCAGACCUUUGUGAACUUUAGUGAAUGGUACUGUAAAUAUGGACCAGUUUCAGGCUGGAUUCAUAAAAUCCUAAAAAUGUUUUAUGCUGAUAUGUUUGCAGUAUGCAGAAAUAGUGAUGCACUUAGCCAAUCAAGUAGUUUGCAUUCUUAAAUUUUAAUUCCAAAAUGUUACACCUGUUAACCAUUAAGUGUCCUGCUACGGAAUUUGAAUAUAUUAAAAAUUCUGUAAUGACUGUUAAAUCUGUUUAAAUUGUUUUGAUUAAUGCACUGCACUAGUCAAACAUUGCCUAAAAGUGCUGAGAUAUGUAUGGUCAGAAAUGUAAUGUUAUUGUCCUCUACAGAAUACAACUCUUUAUAUUACCAUAAAAUCAGAUGUGUGUGAAA